UUUAUUAUUUUAUUAUUAAUUUUUUUUUCAACGGCAACGUUGUAGGUAUUUCUAUGCUCAAUCGUGUUAUAUUUUGGAUUUAUAUUGUUUAAUUGUAUCUAUGCUCAAUUGGGUAAUGAAAAAGGUAAACUGUGCUCAAUCGGGUUUCAGCCCUUGCUAAAUGGAUAGUAUAAUAUACAGAUAAUUAAUGUUAAAAUUAGACUUAUAUUUUAUGAUUCUAUUAGGUAGGUACUUCCUUACGUUUUGUAAUCUACCUACAGUUAAAUAUCGUUUUUACGUAAAACUGUUUCGUCGUGAGCGUGUAAUUCAAUUAUUAAGUGUUUUCAUCAAUAUUAAUAUAUAUUAUUUUUUAUUAUAUAAUAAACUAAAAUAACUAUGCCAAAAAUUAUGAAUUGUGAUAAUCCAGUGAGACGGUACUUCAAAUAUCACGCUGAAGGUGAAAAUGCGAACAAAUCUAUAUGCAAAAUUCAAAAUUGCAAUAAAAUAUUAGCAGGUAAUCAUUUGGGUAAUUUGAAGCGUCACUUAAAGGUCUUUCACGCCAUAGAAUAUCAGCAAAUAUUAUUGGAGGAAGAUGAAAUUAGUACAGAUACUACAAAUACCGUUUCUAUGUCAUCGACUUCUUCAAAUUCACCUGAUUUAUUUCCACCAACACAAAAGAGAAUGCACAGUGCAGAUAAAACAAUUAACGUGUCAAUAAAACGCCGGGCAGUGAUUGACGGCUGUAUUGAAAUGGUCACAAUUAAUGGUAGACCCUUAAAGAUAUUGGAGGACUCUGGUUUUAGAAAAAUAGUAGAUCCCAUUUUUCGAUCUUUAGGAUUUACUAUGAACGCUGAUGUUGUGCGCAAUAAUAUUUGUAAUCGGGCAAGUUUAGUCCGUAAAGCUAUUACUGAACAAAUGAAAAAAAAAUUUUUUGUAUAAAAAUGGACACUGCAACUAGAGUUGGUCGUACUAUACUUGGCAUAAAUGUUCAGUUUAUUUAUGAAGGUAAGUGCUCAUAAGUUAUUAAUAUAAAAUAAAAUAAUAUUAAUUACUAGCUGAAUAACCUGCUAUAUGUAUAGUAUAUAUCAGAUACUCGUAAUUUAGAUGACAAAUAUUAUAAUAUUGUAAUAUUUAUUUUCAAAUACCUACUUAUCAACUUCUUAUUUAGCUCUUGUUCACUCUUUAUUUUUAGGAAAAAUUAUUAUUAGGAACCUGGCUACGACAGAAGUUUAUCAAACUACAUCUAUCAACUUAAAAUGUAUACUUUUAAAAACAUUGGAAAGGUACAACUUAAAUCCUAAAUUUAUUUAUUCUAUUACGACAGACAAUGGAGCGAAUAUGUUGAAAACGGUUUCAUUAAUUCGUGAAAUGAAUAGAGAUUUCGAGUAUUUCGACAAUAAUGAAGAAAUGUCUGAAAAUGUGCACAAUUUUGAAGAUAAUCAAGUUCACACAGAUGAAGAAAACAGUUAUAAUGUUUCGGAAUGUUCUGAUGAAGACAAUAAUAUGAUAAACGAACAAGAAAACGAAAAUAACCAAGAAACAUUGCCUUCAAUCAUCAACGAUUUGGGUGCAGAAGUCCACACAUUGGAGGUAUUGAGGGGUAUGCGAUGUGCUGCUCACACCUUACAACUAUCGAUUCUAGAUGUAUUUAAAACAGAAAGUAUAA